CAGUGCCAGUAUAAAUAGAAGCGCGAAGGAGGAUACAGUCAGUCAUCUCCUGGUGCUGGGAACGCCUCGCAACAUGAGGACCAUUAUUUUAGUGUCAUUCGUGGCUGCGUUAAGCGUGGCAGCUGCUGCUCCUGACGGUUGCUGUGGUGGAAGCCAUGGAGGCGGAGGUCACGGAGGUGGAGGAUAUGGAGGAGGCGGUGGAGGAGGCGGUGGCCAUGGAGGCGGAGGAGGCAGAGGCGGCAGAGUGGUGAAAGCACAGCUGGUCGGAGUUGGCACUCUUCCCAGCACUGGUGGAGGAGGCGGUGGAGGCUCAGGAGGUUAUGGCUCCCACGGAGGUGGCUCUCGAGGGGGCCAUGGCAGAUCCAGCGGUGCCAGUAUUGUCCGAGCUGAGCUGGUUGGAGUUGGCACUCUUCCCAGCACUGGCGGAGGAGGAGGAGGAGGUUAUGGCUCCCACGGAGGUGGCUCUCGAGGCGGCCAUGGCAGAUCCAGCGGUGCCAGCGUUGUCCAGGCACAGCUGGUUGGUGUUGGCAGCCUUCCCUCAGGCGGGGGCGGCGGCCACGGUUCCAAUGCCAUUUCCACCGGUGGUGGAUACGGCGGUGGCAGUGGCUGGUAAAACGUUCUUUCAUUAUAUGCGAAUAAACAAUUAAAUGACUA